ACACUAUUGUUGGGCAGCAAGUCUGGGCACACUGCAACUUUGCGAAUAGCAAAAUCGCGAAACGCAAAAAAUCAUAUUACUCCCAUAGAGCGCAAUUCGAACGUAAAGCGAACUACUAACGGAUAGAAAAUAAACACAAAGAGCAUAAUAUAAGAACAAACAGCAAAGAGACGUUCAAAUAUUUAUCAAAAUAAGUUCUCUGUUCUUGUUGUGCCUCUGUGUGUUUGUGUCUGUGCGCUCGUGUAACUGUGUGCGUGCUUCUUGCGUGUUCGUGUGCAGUGCCUGUGCUCUGGUGUGCGUGUGCGUAUAGCUGUCACUUUCUGGCGCGCACACAAGAUAUAUACACACAGAAAUUUGAAAAAGCGGUGCCCACCACACGGCCCCCUCCCCGUUCCAGACAACCAUCAACGCCACCAGCAACACCACCCCCUCCCGUUGGCGCGGCUCGGCUCGGCUGGAUGUGUGCGCCCGGUUCCGGUGCCUUUUGGUUACCGUUCCCGUGCAUCUGGACCUGGAAGCAGUGUGUGCGUGCGAGUGAGCGGGCACGAUAGAAGUUAGAAGAGCAGGCGAAAGGAGCAAGAGCAGGACGACAGAGGAGCUCGAGUUGCCGGUACCGUUACAGAUCAGAAGUGCACAAGGGAAGCAGCAGCAGCAGGAGGAGGACUGUUCCAGUUCCAGUUCCCAUUCCCGUUCCAGUAUUCCAGAGAACGUGAUCGAAAUAAAACUAAAACUAAAUAUCGACCAACGCCAGCAGUGAUUGCAGUAUUCAGAAGGCAACGCCGAGUAGGAGCAGAAGGAGCUAGUGGACGCGGAGGACACCAGGAAAGCCCAGGAGAACUCCCCCCCUGAGACCCUGAGAUGUUGCCAUUCACCCCGCAGGUGGUCAAGCGUUUGUUAGCACUCAAAAAGGGCAACGAGGACAACAGCGUCGAGGGCAAGUGGUCGGAGAAGGCCGUCAAGAAUCUGGUCAAGAAGAUCAAGAAGAAUUCGCAGCUGGAGGAGCUAGAGCGCGCGAUCUCCACACAGAACUGCCAGACGCGGUGCGUGACGGUGCCGCGCAGCAAGCCAGCUCCCGCCGGCGAGCAUCUGCGCAAGGGUCUGCCGCACGUCAUCUAUUGCCGCCUGUGGCGCUGGCCCGAUCUCCAGAGUCAGAAUGAACUAAAGCCCCUCGAUCAUUGCGAGUACGCCUUCCAUUUGCGCAAGGAGGAGAUCUGCAUAAAUCCGUACCACUACAAGAAAAUUGAACUGUCCAUCCUGGUGCCCAAAUCGCUGCCCACGCCGCCCGACUCCAUUGUGGAUUAUCCGCUGGACAACCAUACGCACCAGAUACCCAACAACACCGAUUACAAUGCGGCGAUAAUUCGCAGCGCCUCGUUGAGUCCGCCGCAGUAUAUGGAAUUGGGCGGUGCCGGGCCCGUUUCCGUAUCAUCGUCUGCCAGUUCGACGCCAGCGACUGCCGCCGGUGGUGGUGGUGGUCCCUCCUCCUCGUCGUCGUCGUCCUCGUCCGCCGCCUCCGCCUAUCAACAGCAACAGCAGCAGCUGUCCUUUGGCCAAAACAUGGACUCUCAAUCGAGUGUGCUCAGUGUGGGCAGCAGCAUUCCCAACACCGGCACCCCGCCGCCCGGCUACAUGAGCGAGGAUGGUGACCCCAUCGAUCCCAACGACAACAUGAACAUGUCGCGUCUAACGCCGCCCGCCGAUGCAGCGCCGGUGAUGUACCAUGAGCCGGCCUUUUGGUGUUCCAUCUCCUACUACGAGCUAAAUACACGUGUUGGCGAGACGUUCCAUGCCUCGCAGCCCUCGAUCACGGUGGAUGGCUUUACCGAUCCCUCCAAUUCGGAGCGCUUCUGCCUCGGACUGCUGUCCAAUGUGAAUCGCAACGAGGUCGUGGAGCAGACACGUCGCCACAUCGGCAAGGGCGUACGGCUUUACUAUAUUGGCGGAGAGGUAUUCGCAGAAUGUCUGAGCGACUCGUCCAUUUUCGUACAGAGCCCGAAUUGUAACCAGCGAUACGGCUGGCAUCCGGCCACCGUAUGCAAGAUACCGCCCGGUUGCAACCUAAAGAUCUUCAACAACCAGGAGUUCGCCGCCCUGCUGUCGCAAUCCGUGUCGCAGGGAUUCGAGGCGGUCUACCAAUUGACACGCAUGUGCACCAUCCGCAUGUCGUUCGUCAAGGGCUGGGGCGCCGAAUAUCGCCGCCAGACGGUGACCUCAACGCCCUGCUGGAUCGAACUCCAUCUGAACGGGCCGCUCCAGUGGCUGGAUCGCGUGCUCACACAGAUGGGUUCGCCUCGGCUGCCGUGCAGCUCCAUGUCGUAAGCGCACGGCCUGUUCCGGUUUUCAAUCUUCCCCCUACCCCCUAUUUUCCGCAUAGAAAGCGCCGGAGUUUAAGGCCCAUUUUUGGGUUGAAAGAAGAAAGAAGCCCCAGAAAUCCCAGCACGGCUCUGACAAGUAACACUGACGAAGAAUGGAUACUAUUCUCAAGAAUUUGCGUUAGUUAAUAUCGUUUAUUAUCGAUUUUAUAUACUAUUCUCAAGAAUUUGCGUUAGUCAAUAUCGUUUAUUAUCGAUUUUAAAUCACAUUCGAGAGAAAUUUCAAUGGUUAUUAAAAUGGUUUAGAUUAACCAGACCGUAAAGUCUAGAUGAAAUUGGUAUGCAAUCAAUGUGCUUCUGUUCGGCUUUCAUUUAAAUUCGCUGAUCACUUAGGCAAGUGAUGAAGUUUUAAUACCCUCUGCCAGGGUAUAAAAUUUAAUUCUGUCACUAGCUCUAGAAAAGUACAUUUCAAUUGCCAAAAGCUGUACAAAUUGAAGGCGAGAAAAAGCUGGGGCACAACAAUACUUGAAUCCUUGGAUGUACCAAGAACUUUCGUAUCCAAAAAUACUAUAUACAUCUCUGUUCAUGUUGAAUAUGGCCCGGAUUCAUCAGUGUUACUGGUCAGCAGCUCUGCGGGAGAUCAAAAUGAGAAUCGGAAUUGGUUUCAAAGAGAAAACCAAGAAAAAUUCUGAGAGCACAUAUGAAAUAAGUUCAGGCAAAUUAUAUACGAGUACAUAAAUGAGUAAUUGAAAAACAAAUGGUAGAUGCAAACCAGAUGCAGAUAUAUCUAUAUACAAAGAGCACACACUUACAUGUGGGAUAUAUAUCUUUACAAGCAUAUAUGAGAGAGAACAUGUAUUUGGCGUUACAAGUUUAGGACUAUAUAUUGGGUAGGUGGAAACGUGGAGAGAGUUACAGUUUUCGAUAAGAAGCAACAAUUUUUUUAAACAUUUUACAUACAAAAAAAAACAAAAGCACAUGAGGAAAUAACCGAAAUGGAACCGACCAGGAACACACAAAACCAAAAGAUACCCCGAAUCUGUGUGCGUAAAGUUGGUAGCGCUAGAAGCGAGAAAGUCAAAAUUCUUUGAGAAAGAAGCAAAACAAUUAUAUUGGUGAUUUGGAACAAAAAUGAAUGAGCAAAACAGGAACUGGGAUUUAUCAAGCUUGAAGCUUACACACACAGACACACUACCAUACAUUGCAAAUGUACAUAAGACCAAAUGUAAUGAAAUUAUUCACGCAGGACCUCCACUUGAUCGAGUAUGGGAUUAUAGAUAUAUCCGUUUGAUGAUGGUUGUUAAACGUUUCGAUUUUCGCUUAGUACGUGUGUGUUAAAAAAUUCGAAAACUCUUAAAGCGCAGUCAGCUCUUGUUAGUCGUAAUAUCCGUAAAAUGCGAUCAUAUAUCCUAUGUGUAAAGCACUUGCCCAACAAAAUUUGAAUGCCGCAAGCCAGGUCUGGCCCAUCCAAGGUGCCAUUUUGUUCAGAACUGCAUUUAUUGUGUACCAAAUGAGAGAUUCUUGAUUCUUUUACAGCCUCGUAUUUCAAACGACAGCUUAACCAACCAAUAUGCAAUAUGGUUUGCCGGUGCUGGCCGGAUUUUGCUUGGCAAGUGCACGUUUUUCUUGGGUCUAGAUCUUAAGUCUAUAUAUGUAACGAAAUUCGCUAGCUUAUCUUAACGUUUAAAGAGCCCAAAUCCAAGUUUAAGUUCGAGUUCAAAUUGUUUUUACGUCAAUAUUUGCUGAUUCUUUUAACUCUUUUGUUUUUUGUCCAUCGCUUCGCUGUUACGACCAAAAAUAACUGUACCGCCUGGCCAGUGUUGGGCAGUGAAUGGUGCGUGGCGGGCACAGUGCUGCCUAGCGCACUUGUCCUCUGGUUCCGGCGAAACUUUAAUUUAAGUUUUGUCUAUUGUUUGCCCCCUUUGUUGCUUUUAAGUUUCUCACGUGCGUAGUUUUGUGCUAAGACACUUAGUCCUGAUUGGCAAUCAAUCGAAUAAACGACCGCGAACGAGAUUGUGUUUUGUUAAUUGGCUCUAAUCACUGUUUUUAAUCAAUCAAUUGUUUUCGUAUUUCCGGCUAAGCCCGCAAAUAAUGUAAUGUAAUCCUUAAGUUAUGCCUAACGAAACAAAGCAAUGCAGGCGAACAUGCAGCAACAGUCAACAGUCCUCCGAGGACACAACCACAGAGAACCAGCAACCCCGUACCCGUAACUUUAUAAAGUAUAAAUACAAAUAUAUACAUAUAUCUAAUAUGCAAGCAUGCAGAUAAAGACAAACAGAAUCGUAUAUAUAAAUAAACACUUAUAUUGAAUGGAAA